AUGCUUGGAGAGGUACCGAGAGGUUCCUCUUUUUUCUCAUCGAUGUUAUCAUCUUCCUCUGGGAUACACCCGAACCAGAACAACAACAACAACAACAACGGUGGAAUACAGUCAUCAUCGUCCUGCUCUGAACCUUCAUCAUCGGUGCAGUGUUUGCACCAUUUCUUUUCCUCCCUCCUUUCUAAAACACUGAAUUCUCUAUUGUAUGAAAUUCAAAAUACAAACCACUUCUUCGGAUCCUUAUUCUCUACGGCUGGCAUUCCAAAUUCUGUCCAUGAAAGUUCCGAAACUCAUCACAACAACAUUUUGAGUGCUACUACUACUAUUACGGCCAAUACACAACUUCCACCAUCAUCACCAUCUUCAACACUAACAUUGCCUCUUGGAAAUACUCAGUCUCUCUUUUCCAUCAUCCAUUCAUCCUCAUCGGGUUCAUUGUCGUCCUCAUCACCAUCAUUCCUUCCACAACAACAAAAUAACCAUCCCUCAAGCACGAUCAUCACUCGUCUCUCAGAUUUGUACAUUCCUUUCAAUUUUACCAAUAAUACCUCUACCACCACACAAUCACUCAUGAUUGCUGAUUCUGUUCUUGAAUAUGUUGGAGUUGGCUUUUGCGUGCUUCUACUCCUAUUUUAUUUGAUUCUACUCAUUCUCCUAUUGAGGAAGAGGAAAAACUUCUUCUUGUCACUGUGGCCCUCUAGAGUUUUAGUUUUAUGUGGAGUAAUUUCACACUCGUUUUUUAGAAUUAUUGGAUUGCUAUCUCAACAAGAUUGGUGGAUACAAAUUCGCAGUGCAAACAAUUUACAGGAUUCUGUCAGCAUGUCAAAUAAUGUACUCUGUCGAAUCUCGUACCCUCUAGAGUUUAUAUCACUAGUAACUGCAUUGAGUGCAGUAUUAUUUAUCAUUACGCAUAACCUUUCACCUAGAAAGAAACUGGAUCGCUCUGCCUCAAUGUACACGAGAAAGACAUCCGUUCAUAAUGGUGUUCUACACUCAGCUGGUACCACAGGUGGAAGUGCUGCGUCAUCUUCUCAUCAUCGGCGAAAUCCCUCUGUGGUUGACAUUUUGGCACAUGAAGAUGUCGACGACGCAGUCGACUCGGAAGCAUCGUGUCAACACGAAAGAACACACUCUCUCACUGGGACCACUAUUGAGGACGGUUCUGUAAAACCUUUACUUCGAUCACAUUCCACAUCGAAAAGCAUUUCUGAAGUUCGCCCAAAUGCCAGAAGAAACUCAGAAGCUAAUGCUAAACAUGCUUCCUCACAAACUGACCCUAGUAUUCAAAUGAUUGAAACCUCCGUGUCACCAAGGUCCAACUCAUCAAAGCAUAAUGGAUCAGAGCACAAUAAUGGACAUCAUUACUCUCACUCAGCUGUAAUGACCAAGAUUGAUAGCGCUCCAUUGAUUCAACAAUUUCAAAAAACAACUCCAACAAUCAAUAUUCAAAAAGACAAUAAGGCAAUCAUUGCCAAAACACUUAUCAUUGUGGGACUAUUCGUUUCAAUUCAAAUUGUAGGAAUUAUCAUUGAUUUGGUUUUAACUUACAUGAUUGGGCAUAAUGGUUUGGAGUUUCUCUUCAACCAUGUCACUCGAUCGACUGGUUAUUGUGCCCUUCCAACUUCUUCACUCAUUAUUCAAGGACUAUUUUUCUUCCCAUAUUUUAUUGCUUUUAAUGUUUAUAGCGUGAGGCUUUACAAAAAGCUAGUGAAUAAGCGAAUGAGACGAAAAAUUUUGGCUUGCCAAAUUGUUGUAACUUCACUCUUUAUAAUUUUUGGACUUUUAGGAAAAUCAGGAGAAGCCAUUUUCACAAUUUUACAAUCCAUUGACACCGAUCAAAGUUUAUUGUUUGAUGUUUUAGUGAGAUUAUUUGGGGUGGUGCAAUCACUUGCAUGUGACAUUCUUAUUUGUUUAUUCAUCAUUGUGUAUUUUGUGGUGCUUCCUCUUGCAGACUCUAUGAAAACCGAUAACUUUUAUUCCAAGCACGUGGUUACUCAAUCAAGUCCCUCUCAAUCUCACUUGAAUGUAUAG